UAACAAAGGUUGAAGGUCAGAAGAGGAGAAUGACAGAUCGUCACGUGGAGUUAGUUGGGAUGUGUUUGUUGACGUUUUUAGGUAUCAAAUGCCAACAAUAGACAUAUCACGUGCUGUUCACCGCUUGUGGAAAGUGUAGAGAAGAGGAUGAGCCUCAGGCACGUUGUUGUUGCCCUGUCAGGGGGCGUGGACAGCAGUGUUGCGGCCCUGCUCCUCAAGAGGAAAGGUUACCAGGUAACCGGAGUGUUCAUGAGGAACUGGGACACUGUGAAUGAGCUGGGGGUGUGUCAGGCUGACAGGGACUGUGAGGAUGCUGAGUACGUCUGCAGGAGGCUUGACAUACCCUUCCACCAGGUCAACCUGGUCAAGGACUACUGGAACGAUGUCUUCAGUGAAAUGCUGAAGGAGUAUCAACAUGGCUGGACCCCAAAUCCAGACAUCCUGUGCAAUAAGAGGAUCAAGUUUAGGACGUUCUUUAAUUAUGUGAUGGACAAAUUUGAGGCAGAUGCCUUGGCGACAGGCCACUAUGCCAGGACGAGCAUCCAUGGUAACAUCUGUACAGAGAACGUCCUGUCGUCUAUGAACAUCAUACCACGGAACAACACAGAGAAUGUGAAAUUGUUACAAGCCCUGGACAGCUGGAAGGACCAGACAUUUUUCCUCUCCCAGAUCCCCCAGCAGGCCUUGCGGCGGGCGCUCUUUCCGCUGGGCGAACUGACCAAACCUGUGGUCAAACAGAUGGCGCAGGACGCUGGCUUUACUCAUAUAGCCAAGAAGAAAGAGAGCAUGGGGAUCUGCUUCAUUGGCACCAGGAAUUUUCCAACCUUUUUACAAGAGUACCUGGAGACUGAACCAGGCCAGUUUGUGUCAGUGGUGGAUGGAAAGGUUUUAGGAGAACAUAAGGGAGCCUGUAUGUACACUAUAGGGCAGCGAGCAGGCCUGGGUGGGAUGAAGGAGCCAUGGUUUGUUGUGGACAGGGACACCAGCACCAACAACAUCUUUGUGUGCCCUACAACAGACCACCCUGCCCUGUACAGACAGCUGAUAAUGACCGAGCCUGUACACUGGAUAGCCGACCCUCCACGUGACCUGUAUGUAGACCAGAUGUACGACUGUCACUUCAGGUUCCAACAUCAGAUGCCUUUAGUUAAGUGCACCUUGACUCUGAGUGGCAACAACCAGGUGUGGGUGUCAUUGGCUGAACCAAUCAGAGCGCUGACACCAGGACAGUAUGCAGUGUUUUACAAAGGGGACGAGUGCCUGGGUGGAGGAAAGAUCAUCAAACUCGGACCCACGUUAUUUGACUUGCGAGGAAGGAGAACCAUCAGAAUAGAGGAGAUUGAGAAGAGACCAGAGAAAUAGACAGUACACAUGUCAUCUUUAGAUGGAGACUUUGUAUAUAGAUGUAUCUUUUUUUAGUACCAAUAUUGUCGUAUAUGCUGCGCCGAGGAAUGUAACUCAUGAAUGUUAAUGUCAGGUCCAUACUUGUUCUGCUGUAGUUUAUUGUUCCACUGUGUGUUGCACUAGCUUUGAAUAAGUUACAUGUGUACUUAAAUUGCUUUAUUCAUUGUAUGAUUGUAACACAUUGCAAAGGUUCCUGUGCCAACUCACUUCAUUUUGAUCAGUGUACUUGUACCAUGCUGUAGUUGCUGUCAUACUUUUUUCAAUAGAACCAAACAAGGGUGGAAUUUUACAUUAUGAGCAGUCUGCAGUGAUGCCAAUCUUACAUAGAUUAUCUAACUAAUAAAGGUGACAAAGCCGCAUUCUGGUACUGCUUUGAAAAAUUUAAGUUACCUAAAUUUGUUAGUACUGAUGUCAUAUUCAAUUUGUUGCAAAAUGCUGCUUACUGCUCCUUUGUCAAAGAUAAGGAAGGUUUGAAAUGUAGGACAUUUAAGGUUGUGAACGGAGAAGCUUGCUUUAUUAUCUCAAAGAAAUAUUGAUUAUUGUUAGUGCUGACGAAUAGCAAUGAGAUUUCUUUUAUGAAGGCCAUAGAAGAACCUGCAUGGACUGAUGACGUUUUGCAGUAAUUUACCCAGUAGUAGAAGUAGUAGAUCCCCUAUACCACAAAAUCAUCAUAUCAAAAUCAUCAGUCUUACUACAAACUCCUAGUAUGGUGAAUAUCAACUUGAAGGUACAAUAAAAUCGACCAACAUUGCAA